CGUCGAAGGCUGGUAGUCUGGGAAGACCGUAGUAGUAUUGCUGCUGUGCGAAUGUGCGUACAGGUGCAGUGCGCCGUGUAUUGUGAACACUUGAUGAAUAACUAUAUUAAAUCAGCAAAACAGUACAGACCUGGCUUGUGUACAGAGGUGUAUGUGUUCUUCACUGCAACUUGUAUUUCAAAAACUGUUUUUACAAUUCGUUUUAAAAAUUUCGUGAGCUCUCGAUUUUACGGAAAACGGACAAUUUAAGCCGGGAGAAAGGCGACAUGUUGGCGGUCAUGUCCGGGGUCAAGAGGGAGCGCCCACCCACGCCCGCGUCCCCAAACUCCCAUGCCCCUGCGCCCCAAACCCCCACGGGCACGCCACCCACCCCUCCGUCGCCCCCUCCGGCUUCCUCACAGGAGCCUCUAAACUUUUCUCGUCCGAAGCCCCCUUCAUCGCCCCCCGAGCUGGCUCCCCCUCCGACGAGCCUUCACGCUCGCCUGGGCUUAGAGAUGGCUAGGGCGGGGCUCGGCGGGGCCGGAGGAGGACGCCUGGGCAUGUUAGGUGGGCAUCACGGCCGAGUGGGCGGCCUUGUCCCUCCCCUCCUGCCUGCCUCGUCGCUGUUCCCCCAUUUGAACUUUGGCCUCGGCCACGACGACGGCGAGGAGAGGGGCCUGAAGCGGCCGCUGGAGGAAGAGCUCGAACCUCACCAUCUUGACCUCUCGCCCUUCGAGGCUCACCACCAGCGCCCGAUCACCCUCCAGCCCCCGCACCUCGAGGAGCCCCGCCGGAAGCAACGCCGAUAUCGAACCACCUUCACUACGUACCAGUUAGAGGAAAUGGAGAAGGUGUUCCUCAAGACACAAUACCCGGACGUCGUCACAAGAGAAGAAUUGGCCAUGAAAAUAGGCCUAACAGAAGCAAGAAUCCAAGUAUGGUUCCAGAAUCGCCGAGCGAAAUGGAGGAAGCAGGAAAAAG